AUAAGCGUUGAGCAAAUUUCAUACAUACAAUAGCAAUCACACCCUUAUUCAAACAGCUUGCUUUUAAGUCCAAUUACACACUACAACAAGUGUUCCGGCAGCAUUCAUAUAAGAAUGUAUCAACAAGGUUCAGAUGACGCAAAGCCACCGUACCCUCAACCGGCUGCCACCGGUUUCCCGGUGAGCUACAGUGCUGCAGCCUCCUCGGACGCUUCCCAAUACCAUCAACCACCACCUCCUCAGCCUAAGCCUAUUGUCGAUUGGUCCACAGGCCUUUGUGAUUGCUUCUCUGAUUGCGGAAACUGCUGCAUAACGUGGUGGUGUCCAUGUGUUACAUUUGGCCGAGUUGCAGAGAUUGUUGACAAGGGAUCUACUUCAUGUGGUGCUAGUGGGGCUCUUUACACGCUGAUUUGUUGUGUAAUUGGGUGUGGCUGCCUCUACUCUUGCUUCUACCGCUCUAAGAUGAGACAGCAAUAUGGUUUGAGGGGAAAUGGUUGUUCCGAUUGUAUGAUUCAUUGUUUCUGCGAGCCCUGCGCAUUGUGCCAAGAAUAUCGUGAACUUGAAAACCGUGGAUUUGACAUGAUCAUCGGGUGGCAUGGAAAUGUUGAGCAACGAAGUAGGGGAGUAGCCAUGGCUGUAACAGCUCCAACAGUCCAACAGGGCAUGAGCCGUUGAAGCGAAGAUCCAUUUGCUUAGUAAUAUAGUAGUUCUGCGAUUGAGUUGAGUGUGUUGCAUCAUGUUAGAUCCGAAGAACAAUAAAGUCUGAAGAAUAAGUCUCUGUGUUUUUCCUGUAAUAGUUGUAAUUAUUGCUAAUUUUCCUCUAUAAUUGAUGUAUUUCAGUGUAUCAGCUAUAAUUCCCAAGAGGUAAUGCGAUUGUGUUAGUUUUUUUU